AUGAGCGUUUCUUACAAAAGAAAGGUCGUCCUUAUCGAUAAUUACGAUUCCUUUACCUGGAAUUUGUAUGAAUACCUUUGCAGAGAGGGUGCCGACGUCCAGGUUUUCCGUAAUGAUAAAAUCACGCUACAAGAGGUGAUAGCCCUAGAACCAGAAAUCCUGUUCAUUUCCCCGGGUCCAGGCCAUCCAAAAACGGAUUCCGGUAUCUCUAGAGACUGCAUACGACACUUUGCAGGUAAGAUACCUGUCACUGGUGUCUGCAUGGGUCAGCAAUGCAUGUUCGAGGUGUUUGGCGGGAACGUCGCAUACGCGGGAGAAAUUGUCCACGGAAAAACGUCGCAAAUCGAGCAUGACAACAAGGGAAUUUUCAAAAACGUUCCACAAGGCGUUUCCGUGACCCGGUACCAUUCUUUGGCUGGUGAAAACUCUACUUUGCCUGACGAACUAGAAGUCACCGCAAGAACUGACUCUGGUGUCAUUAUGGGUGUCAGACACAAGACCUAUACCGUUGAAGGUGUUCAGUUCCAUCCAGAAUCGAUCCUUUCGGAAUCCGGUCGCACCAUGAUCAGAAACAUUUUAAGCAUCCAGGGCGGAACCUGGGAAGAACACGAAAAAGCUGCAAAAUUGAAAGUUACCAAAGGCAGUUCGAUCCUCGACAAAAUUUACGCUCAAAGACAAAAAGACGUCGAGGAACUUUCAUCAGUCCCUGGUUUCACGCAACGCGAUUUACAACAGAAUUUCGAGUUGGGUAUUGCUCCUGCUGUACAGAACUUUUACGAUAGACUUCUUGCUGGGACAAAAAGUGCUGCAGUAAUAGCGGAAAUAAAGAGAGCCUCGCCCUCUAAGGGAGAUAUUGAUGUCAAUGCCAUUGCUGCAGAACAAGCAGUCAAGUAUGCAAGGGCUGGUGCUGCUGCUAUUUCGGUUCUGACUGAACCUCACUGGUUCAAAGGAAGCAUUCAAGACUUGGUAAAUGUAAGAAAGGUGCUCGAUUUUGAAUACAAGGACAACUUGGCACAAAGGCCUUGUGUGCUCAGAAAAGAAUUUAUUUUCAGCAAGUAUCAGAUUUUGGAAGCUCGCUUGGCAGGUGCUGACACAGUUUUGCUGAUUGUCAAGAUGUUACCACAACCACUGCUGCGUGAGCUGUACGAUUAUUCAAGGUCGGAGAUGGGACUCGAACCGCUGGUGGAGGUCAGUUCGAAGGACGAGAUGCAGAGAGCUCUGGAGCUUGGUGCGAAAGUCAUUGGGGUCAACAAUAGAGACCUGCAUUCUUUCAACGUGGACCUUAACACCACCAGUUCUCUGGCUUCCUCAGUACCUGCCGGUACAAUUUUACUCGCCCUAUCCGGCAUCACAAGUGGAGCCGAUGCAAAGAACUAUAAAAGCGAGGGAGUUCGUGGGCUAUUAGUAGGAGAAGCCCUCAUGAGAGCAUUUGACGUGAACACGCUAAUGGCAGAGCUUCUUGCCUGA